AUGGAGGAGAACAUGCGGAGGCUCUCAUCAAUGAGGCAUGGUAGAGUCAGGGUUAUAAAAGCCAACACGACCCGAUCACAAUCGUUCUGCCGGUCCAUCGAAGGACCACGUUCAAAGAGCAACUGUGGCAUAGCCUUGGCUCUUUUCUCCUGCUCAAAGUUUGUUCCCAAUCUUGUUACAUCUUCUAUCAAAACAACGCGCUUGAGUCGAGCUGUACCGGAAACAAUGGGGUCGCCACGCUCAUCCCUAUCUGCUCGAUCGCAAAAGCAUCAAGACGAUGCCAAGCUGGACAUCGCCCAUGAUGAGCAGCCCUCCGUAGCUCAGAAACGAGAGGUAGCAGGUGACUACUCUGGCGCUUCAGAGAAGACCGAUCCUGCUGAGAUAGCCCUCGUCCGAAAGCUUGACAGGUAUAUCAUGCCUAUUCUCUGGGCCAUGUACUUCCUCAAUUACCUUGAUCGCAAUGCGCUACCCCAGGCCCGUCUAAACAGCCUAGAAAAAGACUUGAACCUCAAAGGGGUCGAAUACAAUACCGCCAUCUCCAUCCUCUUUGUCGGCUACCUGUUGAUGCAGAUCCCCUCAAACAUGUUUAUGACGCGAACAAGGCCCUCCAUCUAUCUCUCUAUCUGCAUGAUAGGUUGGGCAGCGGUCUCAGCCGCGACCGCUGGAGUCACCAACUACUCCGGCCUGGUUGCUUGCCGAUUCUUCCUGGGUUUCGUUGAAGCUCCCUUUUACCCCGAUGCUCUCUACCUUCUCUCGAUCUAUUACACUCGCAAAGAACUGGCCACUCGCAUAUCGAUUUUAUAUACCGGACAGGUCGUAAGCACUGGCUGCUCUGGGCUCAUUGCUGCGGCAACCUUUUCUACUUUGGAUAAGGUUAGAGGCAUUCCUGGAUGGAAAUGGCUGUUUAUCAUCGAGGGCAGUGUGACUUCUCUCGUUGCGAUAUUCGGUUUCUUCCUUCUACCAGACGACCCCUCUCAGACGCGUUGGCUCACACCCGAGGAGCGAGAGCUAUGCAUUUCCAGAAUCAAGAAAGAUACCGUCAACCAGAAGGAGCGCGGCACAACUUUGGAGGGUCUGAAGCAAGCCCUCAAGGACCCGAAGACGUGGCUGUUCUGUCUCAUGCAGAACUUGCACAUCAGCGCAUGCUCUUUCAACAAUUUCUUCCCCACCAUCGUCCAGGAAAUGGGCUUCGAAUCUACAACUGCGCUACUUCUCACCGCACCACCUUACUUCGUCUCCGGUAUCUUGGGUAUUCCAUUUGCCUGGUCGUCCGGCCGUUUCAACGAAAGAACCUGGCAUAUCACAGCCGGCUUAGCUCUGGCUGUGGUGGGAUUCGUCAUCAGCUGUGCGACCGUCAACUCCGCGGCCAGAUACACGGCUACUUUCCUGUACGCUACCGGUGCUUAUGGCGUAGGCUCUGUCAUCCUUGGAUGGGUCAGCAACACUCUGUCGCAAACACCCGAGAAGAAGGCUGUUGCUUACUCCUUGGUAAAUGUUACGGCCAACCUCGCCUACAUCUACUGCGCGUACCUGUGGCCCAAGUCAGAUGGUCCGAAAUACAUGAUGGGAUUCUCUACAAUGGUCGCGUUUGCGGCUACGAGCAUCCUCUGUGCCUGGGGUAUGAGACUGUGGCUCAUGAGGGAGAAUCGCAAGAUUCGGGAGUCGGAAGAUGAGAGUAUCGUGUUGUAUGCGUACUAA